AUGAUCAAACUCUGUUGGAUUUCAUUCUCAAAUAAUUUGGUUUGGACCUUUGCCGCCCCAGUCCUCGUGGUCUGCCUGAUAAACUCUUUUAUUCUUUGUCGCGUGGUGUACGAGAUGACAAAAAUGCAGGGAACAAAAGAUACCUCCAACGUGAAGCAAGGUUUAAAGGCAUGUGCAGUUCUGUUUCCUCUACUGGGUAUGACCUGGGUGUUUGGUAUUUUAAGCGUGACGGAUGCUGGACUUGUCUUUCAGUACAUCUUCACCAUUCUCAAUUCGCUUCAGGGAUUCUUCAUUUUCAUAAUGCACGUUCUCCGAAGCACAGAUGUUCGCACCGCGUAUCUUCGAAAGAAGCAGAAAUGGAAAACACAAAGAAUAGCAACUUUCCGGGCUCUCGCUCAGUGGUAGAAAACUCAAGCGCCUGGUCAGAAAAGCAUGCCAUGGGUAACCUGUGUACCAACACAGAGAGUCCCGAUCCAAUGUUCAGACGACAUCAAAUCUCGCCAAUCAACUCCGAUCGAAUGGACACCAGAGAAAGCUGCCUCACCCCAGUGAACUUAUAAGUUCUGUAAAUUUACACAAAUGUGACGAGCACUGAAAACGUUAUCUAUAAUUGGAGCUUGUCAAUCACUGCUCAGUACUCAUUGGUUAAAUCGUAAUAUUUUAAGGCAAACCAACCUAGGCUAAAGCAUGAGAAACACUGGCAGCCGCAAAAAAAAUGUUGAACAUUGGUGCACUUCGUUGGGAAGAUUAAUUUCCCUAACAGCACAGCACUUUUUUUUCGGUUCGACUUAUGUUGCUCCUGUUCACUCUCACGCUUAUGCGCUACCGGGUAAAAACCAUUGUCGAGCUGGGAUUAGUAAAAAAAGUCCAGCUUGCACACUUAAAUAGUCGUCCGCGAUUUUUUGUUUUUGUUUUUGUUUUUGUUUUUUUUGUUUUUUUUUUUUUGGCAUAACAA